AUGAAUUAUCAUCUUUUACUUUGUUAUUUAAUUUUUAAUUGUUUAAUAUAUUCAUUUUAUUGUAAUGAUGAAGUUAAUGACGAUAUUAAUUAUUUAAAAGAAAAAGUUAAAUUUAUAAUAUUUGAUGAUUUUCAUAUUGGACCAGAUAAUAAAUCCAUAUUAGAUAUUUUAUUAAUUGAUAAUAAAAUACCGAAAGAUAAUGUAUAUUAUUUAACAGAAAAUAUUCCAAAUAAAUAUCCUGAAGAUACAUUAUUAUUACCCAUUCUUUUCAGAUAUGUUAAAGAAUCCAUAAAUAAUGAUUUUGAUUGGUUCUUUAUCAUUAAUUCAUUUACACGUUUUGAUCCAAUAUUAUUAAAUAAAUUAUUAUUUAAUUUAAAUAAAGAACAAACUAUUUUUGAAAAAAUACAAAAUAUUUCACAUACCAAUAAUAAUAUUAAAUCACCAAAUAAUAAUUUUAUUGGUGCUAAAAUUAAUGAUGUUAUUCCGUCCAUAGUACAUCAUUAUAAUUUAGAUAAAAAUUUUCAAUAUCCAUUCCAUUAUUCUGGAUAUGCUAUUAGAAGAUUUACUAUUGAAUCUUUACAAGUAUCUAUAAAAUCCUUAAAUUCUAUUGAUAUAAAAAAUUAUUCCAAAAUAUAUACUGAUGUAAACUUCGAGUUAGCAAAAUUAAUUUAUGAUGAAUUAAAUAUUAAAUUAAAAGAUAUACCAGAAUUUUGUAUUAAUAUUGAUGAUACAAAUCCAAAAUAUCAUAAAAAAGGUAGUAUUGUACCCAAAAAAUGUAUUACUUGGUCAAUAUCUUAUAGAAUUUCAAAUAAUUGUGUUUCAUUUUCACUUCCAUUAAAUAAUUUAAAUCCAAAAUAUAUUGUAAAUCCAAAUGAAAUCGUUAUUGCAAUAAAAACUACCCAAAAAUAUCAUCAUGAUCGUAUUUCACAGAUUAACCAAUUGUGGGCAAAUACAAAAUAUUUAAACUAUAAUUCAAUCAAUUCAAAUCCUUAUUGUAAUGAUUAUUUUAAUUCAAUCUCACAUCUUUUUAAGCCAUUUAAUAAUAAAUCUAUUCAUAUUAAUAUAUUAAGUGAUCAUAAUGAUUAUAUUAAUGAUAUACCCAUAAAUGAUCUAAAAACUGGAAAUCAACCUAGUGGCCACUGUUUAAAAUUUUACACCAUUAUACAUUUUUUGUAUAAUAAAUAUAUUAUUAAUAACUUAAAUUUAAAUUACAAAAUCAAAUAUUUUGUUCUCGUUGAUGAUGAUACUUUAAUCAUUCCAUUUUCUUUACUCAAUUCUCUUACUUUUAUAAACCAACAAUAUAGUGAUAAGAAUGAUUUUGACCUAUACCUUGGAUUAAGAUAUUCACUUGGAUCUAUUAUUGAUAACUGGUCUGUCGAUUAUAUAACAGGUGGUGGUGGUAUUGUUAUUAAUUCAAAUUCUUUAUCUAAGCUUGCAAACUGUAAAGAAUGUAUCUGCAAUAAACCUGAUGAACCAGAUGAUAUGGCACUUGGUAGAUGGUUUAAAUUUCUUAAUAUUAAAGCAAUAAACUUUAAUGGAUUCCAUCAAGCUGAAUCAACUAAUUACCAUUCUUAUUACAAUUUUUAUUCACAUAUAAUUUCUUAUCAUAAAAUUGAAUCAAAUAUAUAUAAUACGGCUCAAAAAUAUAAUCCAAAAUUAUUCAAUUUAUUGUACCCACAUAUUAAUGAUCUCAGUAAAUACAAAGAAAAUAGUGAUAAUAAAUAUGAUGAAUUAUAA